AUGAUUGAAGCGUUGGCUGCUGCAAAUAUGCCAGUUUACGGUGUUGAAGUUGCAAACGACUAUGCACCAGUUCAAGCUCACAGUGAAUCAGUGAAAGCCUCAACUCAACAGGUAAAAGAGUUGACAUUGAACAAUGAAGAUUUCAAGAAAGUCGUGGAUAUCCACCUAAACUGGUACUUUUUCUCACUGAAAGCAGUUAUGGCACAGAUGGCCAAGGAACUUCUUCAAAAUGCUGACAAUGGUAAGGAGGCUAUUCUUUCGGUGAUGGAAAGUAAAUCCGCGCCAUCUUUAAUUCAGGCUGCUUCCAAAGGCCUAGUCCGUAGACUGUCACACCUUAUCGUCUCAUUGUUUGGCAAGCAGCCCAGAAACGAUCCACGAAGAAUGUGGUCAACGACUUAUAAUAAAAUGCUCGAGCUAGCAGAUGUUCUCGAAGAAAACGAGAAGAUGCCAGGGGCCCGAGUAUACAGCAUGCGUGUCUACGACCUCGUCAUGAACAAAGUCGAGAGCGCCCAAAAACCUGCUCAGGUCCAUAACUACACUUCAUGUCGAAGAAAGAGGAAUCCACAGUAA